AUGCUAUUGACUGCAGCAAACUACAUAGAUCCUUGGAUGACAAGACAACAUGAUUUGAGGAUAUGGUGUUUAGGAAGAGCUGGUCAAUUUAACACUCCUUACAGGUACCGCGUGUUUAGAGUAUGGAGAAUACGUCCUCGAAGCGCCAACCCUGAACAUCAGCAUGGAAUCCGUGGAGAACAUUCUCCCAGACACGACGUUGCUCUUAUUAUAAGUUGGGAUCAAAUGUACAUAUACUACAGAUUCCCUCACAGGUUCAUGUACGCUUACAGAAGUACAUUGACUGGACCUCGUGAUCGACUGUCUCAACAUAUGUAUUUCGCGGGUUCAGGUUAUGAAUACUUGCAACAUAUUUAUGAAAACUAUAAAAUUUUCUAUGGAAAAGUGAAAAGAAAAGAUGUGGUCGACUGCUCGAUAUACCUUCCUAAGUGGUGGGGCAAAUUCAUUUGUAUAAAGAAUUUAAGGGCUCUUCCUGGGUUACAAAACGGUGGCGGAUUAUUCUCAAACAACAAGCUCGUUGCGGUUGGAUGCUUCGAAAUACGUUACAACGAAGAUAGACUAUUUGUGUUCACUGACUUGCGUUACUACGUCCGCUGGAUAUACAAGUACGCCAAUAUCCGGCCUGGUCAAUACUACGAAUACGCAUAUGCUCAAUGGAGUAUUGCUCUUGGAGUUUUUUACGACGGCAAUGGUAACUACCCCUAUAUUCCUGCUUGGCAAAUUAGGGGCGAUUUGUUCCCUUUGGGAUGA